UUGGCCAUCAACUUUUGCUACUAGAUGAGCGUUCUUGCAAAGCUAUUUAGCUAGCGACAUUAAAUUCAUUUUUUAAGUUUAUUUCGCACCGAGUACGGCGCAUAUCUGUCGACUGGAAUCCAGUGCGGGAGCUGCAGUCGCCAACCAACCAAAAAAAUUCCAGGAGUGCCGAGAAGGAGACUCCAUUUUCUCAAGCUGCUGGCUCUACUAGCCAGCUCUACGGCGGAAAGCUAGCUGCAGAUAUCGCUAGGCUAACUUUCCCUGCUAGGGGAGCGAGAGCCAGAGCAAGCUAGCUGCUUGCGAUAAACUGUCUAACUGACGAUACUUUUGUUGACUACAAAAGACUCCCAGCAUGCUGAUGGUGGGAGGCAAUGGACGGAUGCAGUAGAAUGAGUGUGAAGGAGCUGUGUGAGACCGAUGACCUGGCCACUGGUUUGGUGCUGGACCCUCUUUUGGGCUUCAGCACCCACAAAAUGAACAUCAGUCCCCCGCCUGAGAUCCGGCGAUGGGGUAACCUCAAAGAAACUCUGCUACGUUUUCAGCGUACGCAUGACUUCAACGCCACGUUCGAGGCAUUGACAGUGGGAGAAUUGGCUGGUGACUACUUCAAUGCUUUGGGGAGCCAUCGACAGGAGCUGCUUAGGCAACAUGUGUACCGCUACCUCAGUGCUUUCCUGUUGGAUAGCGGUGUCAAGAUUGAGUCUUGUGACAGAUACUCGUCAGAGACGAACGGAGCAAAGAUCACCUCAACAAGGCACUGGUUUAUUGGUGAGCGGGUGGAGGUCCUGCUGGGUUGUAUAGCUGAGCUGAGCCCCACUGACAGUGCUGUGCUGAGGGCCGGCGUCAAUGACUUUAGUGUGAUGUAUUCCACACGCAAGCGCUGCGCCCAGCUCUGGCUUGGGCCUGCAGCUUUCAUUAACCACGACUGCAAACCAAACUGCAAGUUCCUCCCUGGUGAGAAGAACAUUGCGUGUGUUGAGGUGAUUCGACCCAUCUCACCUGGGGAGGAGAUCACAUGUUACUAUGGUGCCAGCUUUUUUGGGGAGGGCAAUGAAAUGUGUGAAUGCUGCACCUGUGAGAGGAAUGGAGAGGGACACUUUAAACACAGAGGGAAGCAGCCUGAAUGUGAGGAAACAAAGGACCCUGUAGGCCAGAAGUACCGCCUGAGGGAAAGGUAUCUUCGUCAUCACAGGGAGAAGGGGCACUUUCCUGCAAGGCCGACAAUACCAGGACUACACUCAGGUAUCUUUAAAGCCAUCCCCUCCAGGAAUUCCUUCACCCAGCAGAUGAGGAGAAAUGCCCUGAAGAACAGAAAAUUUGGUCAAACAAAGAAGUGGAGACGAGAGCAGCACAGACGAUCAGGAAAGCAUCCGUUGAAAUCCACAGUCAAACAGCAUCGAGCAGUUCCCCUUUUGUCCCAAGUUACUCUGAAGGACAUCAGAAUCAGAGUGCGGCGCCACUCAGUGGACUUCUUACUCAAUUGUAAGGAUCCAAAAAGCAAAGAGAGAGCCUUACUUCUGCAGCUUGAGGAAGUGAAGCCAAGUAACAGUGAGGUAAACCCGAAGCCUUUCGCUCAUUUAUCCACCAUGCCAGUCCAUCAGAGGAGCCGACCUGCUGUAAAUGGCUCAGGUCUUAAUGGAAAGUCUGUCACUGCACUGGAUAGGCAGGCUAUUCAACAGAGGACCUCUUCAAGAACAAAAAGCAUGGUUAAAGUCACGCCAACACAUCAAACAGGGUGCAGUAACACAGGCAACACUACGGCUGUUUGUCAGCCUGACGGAAUCAACAAAAGCAGCAGUGCAAUAAAACAAGAGAUGGAAAAAGCAAUCACAGAGACUCAAAGCAACAAGAGCAGCAGCACAGAGUCCAACACAGCAUCUGAGCAAAAGGAGUGCAAGACCAUCAGAGCUUCACCCCAGAUGGAAGUUAGUCAAAGGGCCGCAGAUAGGUCCAAGAAAGCAGGAGACAAUCCGCUAAUAUCGCUGAAGCAAUAUGUUACAGUCAACAUUACAAGGUUGUCUUUGCCAGAAAGUUUAGUUGCACAAAAAUCUUCUGAAGACAGGAAAGAAAUUGUAGAGUUAAGGGUAAGGAGCAGCCAGCGCCCUAAACCAGCGCCCCUGUCAAUGCAGUCAAAAGCUAGAGGGUCCAGGUUCCAGCAGAAGCUGCAAGGAAAUUCUGGGAUUUGUUCAAAUGAGGGCAACAGAGGAGUGAGGGAAAUGUUUUUCAAAGCGGGUGAUAAAGUUAAUUUAAGGAAGCGACAGGCAGGUGAGUCUGUUGGUAAUUUAUCCAACAGCCUGAACGAGGAUGAUAAGGUAAUCGAAAUAAAAACCGUGUCAGAAGUAAAAGAGGAUUUACCAAAGGAGCAGCAGGACGUGGUAAAGAGAAAGAUUGAAGGGCAGAAAGUGAAGAAAAAUGAUGAAUGCACAAUUGUGGAAGGUUUCCAGCCUCAGGAAGAGGUGAAACAGUCAGAAUGCAAAUCAGUGCCCAGUGAAAAACCUACAGGACAAAAUAACACGCAGCUUGCCAGAAUUACAGCUGAGGAAAAACUUGAUAAUCCAUCUAAACAAACGGCCAAGUGCGUGAAUGAACUGCCAGUGUGUAAAUGUAAAGAUGUUGUGAUGAAGCAGGCAAAGGUUCUGCUAUCUGAUAUUUUAAGAAAAGAUAAAUCCCUAAUAGAUAUGAGAUUACAUGGAGAUAUUGUAAAAAGGAUGCUUUCUACCUCAGCCUCUAAAGAAACACUAAAUGCUGAGGAAGGUGAAGAAGAGACUGAAAUAAAUGGAGGCAGGUACCAGUCUAAAGUGCAGAGGAGGAUGAGGAGACGACGAUGGAUGGGGCCUAGAGCGAUGAAAACAAAAGUAGAAAGUAAAGGCACCAAGGGACAGAUGAGCAAAGAUGAUUCAGACUCAGUAAAGACUGAGACAAGGGAGGAAACUUUGCCCCUUCACUCACCACAGAGGCAUAAAAACUCACCGACCACCUGCUUAAACACACUACCUCACAAGUCACUUAUUUCGACAAAAGCUACAACUAAUCUGCGGCCAGACACCAACCCACAGGUACACAUACAGUCCAACAUACCUCUGAAAAAACGUACAUUUCGUAGCUCUGUGGAAAUGUACUGUGACCAAGGUUUGAAUCCUACCUCUGAGCGAGCAUCUAAAGAAACUGCAGAGUUAAAUUCCUCUGCAGAGCUGAGUCAGAAUGCUAAAAAGUGCUCAGAGGACAGAAGCAAAAUAAAAAGAAACAUCCAACGUAGAAUAAGGAAAACCGAAAUCCAGAGGUUAACCUCUAAAAGAAUCACAACCUUUAACAGAGUGCUUCGCUCUCGAGUAAAUGAAGCUCAGCGAAGCAAUUUAAUGAGGAGAGUUCGGAGGUGUAAAAUAGAGAGGCAAGAUGAAGUUGCUGUUGACGAGGCUCAGACAUUAGAGAUGGAUGAGGAUGCAGAAGCUGAGGAUUUUGCUAAAAUCCCAAUCCAGUGUGAUAGAAAUCCAAAUGAUUCCCAAGAGGAAGACGAGGGAGAACAGUUUCUUCAGCAAAGCGAUUCUGAGGAGACAAAGCCGGGCCUCAAUUUUAAGCUACGUUUUAGAAGGAUGAAAGGAAGAAUGUGGGAAAUGCAAGGAGCAGGAUUUGAAAAUAUGGCAUUAAAGGCAGAAAAGGGGGAUGAGCUGGUGGCAUGCGAUCCAUUUAAAGCCAUCAUGGAAUCUGUGUCAAUUUUGAACAUGGAGAUGGAGGCAGCUCAGGCUCAUGUGCAGGCAAGCAGGAAGUCAAAGAGCAGAUUGCAUCGUUUGAAAAAAAGAGGUGAGAGGAUAAGUGAAAGGACAGCAAUGAAUUCCUCCACAGAGGCUCUUGAUAAAAGUGUUUGUGGACCUGGUGAAAUGCCUCAUGAUAAAGUAGAAAGUAAAGAUUCACUUGAAACGCAACUCCCAGAUGGAGUCAAGCUUUUGGAGGAAAAAAUUGAGAGUCCUGAAAGUGACAGGAAUGUGCUGUCAGCUGUAGGGCAGACUACAAAAAUUGAAGAUCGGUGCGUGAAGAAUUGCUGUGUGUUUGAAACGGGGUCACAACAGAAAUUGCUGCCUGAAUUGGACUUUAAUGGUCUUCCAUUACCGGUGCUUAAACUCCGUAGAAAGCAAGAGGACAUUUGGGAAGUGGACAGCAAAGAAGAGCAGAAACAAACUGAACUUAAAGAAGAACCUAGUGUAGUAAGAGAAACGACAGGUGUAAUUUUAGGUAAACAGAAGAAAGGAUGCCCAGAUUUUGGCAAGCUCAAAGAGGAAUGCCCAUCUUUGCAGAGAGGCAACAACUCAGCACUUCUAAAAACAGAACCCCCUCCAUUUUCUCUGUCUCUGUCACCGUUGUCGCUGUCUUCCCCCCUUAACGACAAUAAAACUGAAGUUAAAUCCUCAGCUCCAAACACAGUCAUUGACAGGCCAGAGAUGAACAGCGGAGGAAGAAAACAGAGGUACAAAAUGGAGAGAGCACACAAGUGUGGGCCUGUCGAAACACCCACCCCCUGUCUUAGUCACACACUCCAACAAAUUGACAACAGUCUCUCUCGACUCUCUGAGGGCUUGUGUUCAUCACAGACUUUGGAAAAGCCAGCAGCCUGUUCCAACACUUCUAAUUCAGUCAUCCAGCCCCCGUCCCAAUCUCCUCCAUUCACAACUGCAGAUACCAUACUUCCCAAUGAGCCAAGCUUCACAAACUGCUGUGAUGAUAUCCUGGAUUUCCAGUGUCUGAACUUUGAGGGGUAUUAUCAGCCACAGAAUAUACUUCCAUCCUCCCCAUCUGAUCUGUGCUCACUGGAUCCACCGACAGAUCCUUUCAGCAGCCCCCUUUCUCACAGCCCGUCUGAUACUUGGACCACUGAAACACCGUACCUUGGUCCUCCCAGUCCAGGUAAUAACUUCACCAGUGAGGAUCUACAGUUUUUCCCAGGUCUAAUUCCUUCCAAGGGUGACUCUGUUCCUCUGGAAUGUGAAGCGAAGGAUAUGUCCAAAGACAGAAUCCAGCCCAACCCUAAUUUCAAUUUUUCAGCUCUUGGCAAUCCUGACUUAACUGCUAAGGACAGAAUCAUAACUAAAAAUCCAGGAGUGCGGCCAUCCAGAGAAGACCUCAGAAACCAGUCAUUUCUUGGAGUCAACAAGCAGCGAUUGUUAAGCGCAGCGUCAUCAUCUGUUACAUCCCAAAGUCCUGUUACUAUAACCCAGCCUUCCAUUAACACCAAGAUCAGCACCAGUCAAUCUAAAGCCCAGACUAACCUCAGAACCCAGGGUCCUUUCCAUCGUAUGUCCAUUCCUACUAAAUCCCAGUCAUUUUCCAGUGGUCAGCCAAGCACAGUCAGAGGAGCAUCCCAGGGUUGCUCGACCAAAUCCGUCCCAUCGUCUCAAGUCACUAACAAACUCCUCUCUCCUCAGCUCCUCACUGUGAAGACUCCAAACCCAAACCCUCCUGACAAUCCAUUUAAAUAUCACGAAAAAACCUCUUCAGUUAUUCACAGGGUGCUUAAGUUUCAAGGAGGGGAACAGACUCAGAAUUUGUACAGUGCACCCUGUAAAGACACCAUUGGGGCUGCGGGCAGCUCCAAUGUCACAUCUAGAACACUUGGUGAAAAACCAGGUAAUUUUGAGAGGACCAACCAGAGUCAAAAACUAGGUGUUGGUACAGAUGGUUACCAUAAAGGCAACAUUUCUGUUCAAGGGUUUGGAAAAGAUACCUCCCAACUUGCAUCCUUAAGCAACCCCAAUAGGUCUAAUCCUCAUUUCACCAAACCCAACUCCUCUUUUCCUCAGCCUUUCAGUAAAAGUAAGUUGUCAUCUGAGAAGCAUGAAAGUGUUGAGACCAACACAAUAUACAAAAACCUCUCAGCGCUGCCAAGACCUUUCUUCUUUCCCAGCAAAAUUCCUGAGAGUUACUCGUCAACACAAGACAAGGGUCUAAAACAGGACAAGUCCACUACGUCAACCUCAGAGAAAAACCAGCCAUGUUACACCCAACAGGACCCUUUUGAUUUCAGCUUUGGCUCAUCUCUUUCGCCCAUGUCUCAGCACAGCAGCCCUCAAGUGGUUCAAAGUACACCUCCUGGUACACCAGCACCAGCAAACAAGAGUCAGUCCUCAACUUCCUCAGCCUCCUUCCCUUACGGCUACCAAGGUCCUCCAUAUGUCCUGAACUUCAGUGGAGAUCAUUCAUUGACCCUGGGACUCAGGGAGGGGGCUGACGGUUACCAAGGCUCAACAAACUACACCUACCAUUGCCUGAUGGAACCCUCAGGCACCCAAGGGCGACUGGUUCUUGAACCCUGUGGACCCCAGCUGCCAAACCCAGCCUCUUUUUCUUUGGGCGGCUUUUCAGGGCUCAAGGGUCAGGACGAACAUUGUAGGAAGGACGUGCAACAACAGUGCCAGCCUGGGGAACACCAAGGAGCAUCACACUAUGGACCGGUUCCAACGUCUCACUCCAUGGGUGCUACAAAACCCAAGAGAGUGAGGUUAGUGGUGACAGACGGCACAGUAGACUUAGAUCUCCAGUACUCAGAUUAAUUUAUACCUAUGGAGUUGCUGGAGAAUUUCUGGAUAUUGUUUUGCUUAAGGGUGGUAAAACAACAUUUUUUGUAAUAACAGUAAUUCAUUGUCUACCAGUUCUUAAUGAAAGCCCAGUGACUGGCAUUUUUCUAGAUCAUUACUCUGGUGGACUGUUAAUAACUUGUACAGGGUUUUAAGAAAAGCAGGCACACCAGCCUGUUUUAAUUACUGUAUGAUUCAAAAACAGAAGAGGUAUCCACUACAAUUUGCAGAAAAUACCAAAUUUUGAGUGCAUAAAGAAAACAAAGCAUUAAUAUAUUUGAGACAAGGACUUUGAACUUAAAGGCCUGGCAAACAUUAAAAUCCUGAUUACUGUACUGUAACAUAGCUGUAUGAGUUUUUCGAUACCAUGUAUGGCAGUAGAGACAGGUGCACCGUCAUUGGUCACUGGUACUUGUACGAGUCAGUUUUAAAAAAGGCAGCUUUGUGCCUCAGUCUUUCAUAUGUUCUUGUGACUUUUUGAAGCACCUGUUGAACCAGUUCACCCCUGUUUUUUAAGCUCACAAUAAGCUUUUUUUUCUCACUUUUUUGUGUUCAAGUGUGUGCAUGCAUUUGGCAGGCAGAUGUUGAGGGAUCAAAGUGAGGUACCUGAUUGUGUCUGUUGCUCUGCCAAAUUUUUAGAAAGGUCAUUAGUAGUGCAUCAAUGGGUGGUUUGUGCAUGAACAGUGUACAGUAAGAUGAUUCCCAGACCUUAAAAUAUCUAUAUGUAAGGACAACUCUCCUGAUGAAGACAUGUUAUAUGACCCUGCAGCUUCUGGGGAAACUGCAAUUAGUUUUUUUUAACCAGUUGUGCUUAAUGAAUUAAGGGAUAGUACAACAUGAAAUCUUUGUAUGGGACUUCUUCCAAUUGUUAGUUAAAAGAAACAUAUUGUUACAUUUAGUAGAGAGACAAUCUUCUCACAAUGACUCACUUUUAUAAUUAAUUUGGUUUUGUGUUUCAGAUACUUUAAAGAUUGUAUAAAGCAAGAAGAGAAGGAUAAGUUCACAUACAAUAGCUACUGUUUGUUAUUUUGUUGUUGCUGAUGGAGGUUUAUGUUUAUAGUUGUUUAUAUUGUAAGCAGAAUUAUUCGCUGUCGAUUGUGGAAGUCACGCGAGCAUUCCCUCAUGCCACGAUGUACUGUACGUUCAACCCAUUUAACAUCACAGGGCAGGAGUGAUCGGUGUGACUGCACAGCCUUACAUUACUAUCAUUACUAUAUACUGUCUUGAUAUGAAAGGCCAAUUAUUUAUUUUAAUAUCCUCAUCCUUGAAAUGGUGCUUUAAUGUAAUUUAUAUUUCACAUUGAUUGUUCAACCGAUUAAAUGUUUUUUAUUAUUAUUUAAUGGGACAAAGUAUUGAAGUGAGUAUUUACAUUAAGUAUUUAAUUUCAAAGCCUUUGACAUCUUAUCUAGUUUUUUUUUUCAGUUGUUACACAUGUAAAACUUUCUCUGUCUCUUUUCUAAUUGGCAGUUAGUCUUACUGAAAAUCUGCUGUAGAAAUGUACAAAUGUAGCCUAUAUCA